GCGUCAAAGUAUCUUUAAAGCAGAGUCGUCAAACCCGGUGCAGAUGGAGGCUGAGUCCACCUGAAACCAGGACUAAACCCGGAUAAAAGAUCGUGAAAUCAACACGAACAUUUCCGGCACGAAACGUGGAUUAAAGGCCGAUUGUGGGAGCGUUUCCAGCGGCUGAGGCCGCGGCAGCUCCUUGUUCAGCUCUUCAAAAUGGCCGACAUCGAGGUCUCCCUGUCCCCGACUCUGUUACCGUUUCAUCUUAGCCCCUCCCACUCUGCCCAGCCCCCUCCCACUGCCUCCUCCCCCACCACCUUCUCAUGUCCCUCCUCCCCCUCUAGUGCCUCCUCCUCCUCCUGCUCUGAAAACUCGUCUGAGUGCCCCGCCCACCACCACCAUCACCACUGUCACCUCUGUCGUCAGCCCCGCCUCCACCUGCAGUUGCCUCCGCCCUCUCAGGACGAGCAGCCGUCCUCGCCUAGUGCCAGCCCACGCAGCUCCAGCCUGAGUGGCAGGAGCAGCAGCAGCAGCAGCAGCAGCAGCAGCAGGAGCAGCAGCAGCAGUAGUGAUGCUGAUGCUGCUUCUGAUGAUGAUAAUGAUGAUGAUGAUGAUGUUGCGAGCAGCGCUGACCCACGAACCCAGAGUCCAGUGGCCCACGUCCUCACAAAGGACGUCAUGCAGACGAACCUGGGUGGAAACCAAGUCAUUGAUGCUGAAGUUGCUCUGAAGGCUUGUCAGGAAGUUCUGCUCCAAGUCCAGCUAUACAGCGACAACGAGCCCCAACAUCACCAACGACAAAACGUUCAAUUGAGCGAGUGCUGCGAUGCUCCUUGGUCCCUCGGUUCAGGCUCCAGCUCCAUCAAAGAGCAGGACAAGGAAGAAGACAAACAAAAACAAGGAGGGGCUUCCCAGCAAGUCCUGCCUCCCUCAGCACAAACACCACCUUCCUCACUGCCACCAGCGAUCGCGUCAUCAUCAAAACAGUCAUGGCUGCUCCGCCUCUUUGAGUCCAAGUUGUUUGACGUUUCCAUGGCAAUCUCCUACCUGUACAAGUCGAAGGAGCCGGGCGUGCAGGCGUACAUCGGAAACAGACUUUUCAGUUUUCCUGACAACGACGUGGACUUUUACCUGCCGCAGCUGCUCAGCAUGUACGUGCACAUGGACUCGGAGGUGGGCGACGCCAUCAGACCCUACCUGCUCUACCGCUGUGGGCGGAGCAUCACCUUCUCACUGCUGUCGGCAUGGUUGUUGGGCGCUUACUCGUCCGACAUGAACAUCUCGACGCAGCGUCACUCCAGAGGCACCAAACUACGAAAACUCAUCCUGUCCGAUGAACUCAAACUGUCCGCCGCGGCAUCUGACAGCCCGCCGCCAUCGCCGGCCCACUGCCGCCGUCACCGCAGACACAACAGCAGCCACAAAGAUGCCUCCAGCUCCGCCUCCAACUCCGUCUCCACGGGUGUCCCUGCGAUGGCGGACACGGACGUCUUUGUCUCCUCAUCCAGACAAACUCAUCAGAGAUCCAAGUCGGAGGCCACCGCGGUAGGCGGUGGGAGUGGCGGCGUCCUCCAGAGAACAGGGAGUAACCCGAAGGUGGAGGCGGGUCACGACAAGCCCGAGCGUCUCCGCCCUCAGCGUGAGUUUGUGAAGUCUCUUUUGUGCAUCGGGAAGCGUUUGGCGACGUUAGCGACCAAAGAGCAGAAGACGCAGCGACUCAUCUCUGAACUCUCUCUGCUCAACCACAAACUGCCGGCUCGAGUGUGGCUGCCCACGGCCCAGAACCAGCACCACGUGUGCCGCAUCCCUCACACACAGGCCGUGGUUCUCAACUCCAAAGACAAGGCACCGUACAUCAUCUAUGUGGAGGUUCUGGAGUGUGACAGCUUUGAGACGUCACGCGUCCCAAACCGGAUCCCGGAGACCAGGAUCCGCUCUGAGUGCGCCGCAGAAAACCUGAACUGUGGCGCCGCAAACGGCGCUAAUGUCCUGUUCUCUGACGGGCUGACGUCAGAGAACAGGACAGGAAGUUUGUCCACCGUCCACAACUACGACAACGACGACGACGCAUGGGCGACCGACGACAUCGGAGAGCUGCAGGUGGAGGUUGAAGCUCACAGCAGCAGUGACAACAUCAGUCAGUUUUCAGUCGACAGCAUCACGAGUUUGGAGAGUAAAGAGACAAUGUUUGUUGCUGCAGGAGACAUCAGACGGCGUCUGUCAGAAAAUCUCGCUCAAACUUCGACUGCGUUCAGAAAAGAUCCUGAAGAUCCAUCUGCUGUCGCCCUCAAAGAACCAUGGGAGGAGAAAGUCAGAAGAAUCAGAGAAGCUUCUCCGUACGGUCACAUGAUCAACUGGAAGUUACUGUCAGUCAUCGUUAAGUGUGGAGAUGACCUGAGGCAGGAGCUGCUGGCCUAUCAGGUGCUGAGACAGCUGCAGUGGAUCUGGCAGCAGGAGAGACUUCCUCUGUGGAUCAAACCAUAUAAGAUUCUGGUGAUGUCAUCAGACAGUGGAAUGAUCGAACCUGUGCUCAACGCUGUGUCCCUGCACCAGGUGCGUAAACAGAGUCAGCUGUCUCUGCUGGACUUCUUCCUGCAGGAGUUCGGCAGCGUCACCACUGAAGCAUUCCUCAGCGCUCAGAAGAACUUCGUGCAGAGCUGUGCUGGCUACAGUCUCAUCUGUUACCUGCUGCAGGUGAAGGACAGACACAACGGGAACAUUCUUCUGGACUCUGAAGGUCACAUCAUCCACAUCGACUUUGGAUUCAUCCUCUCAAGUUCUCCACGAAACCUCGGCUUUGAAACGUCAGCGUUUAAACUCACGCCAGAGUUUGUGCACGUGAUGGGAGGUCUGGAUGGAGACAUGUUCCUCUACUAUAAGAUGCUGAUGCUUCAGGGUUUAAUCGCCGCCAGGAAACACAUGGAGAAGGUUCUACAGAUCGUGGAGAUCAUGCAGCAAGGGUCACACCUGCCGUGUUUCCAUGGCAGCAGUACCAUCCGUGGCCUGAAGGAGCGUUUCCACAUGAGUCUGACGGAGGAGCAGCUGCAGUUGCUGGUGGAGCAGCUAGUGGACGGAUCCAUGCGCUCCAUCACCACCAAACUGUACGACUCCUUCCAGUACGUCACCAACGGCAUCAUGUGACCACACACGUUCACCCUGUCACAGUGACCACAGGGAAACACACAUUUGACCUGAAGAAGCACAAAGAGUUCAUCUGAGCAACAGACAGUGAUCUUCAUCAUCAUCAGUGAAGAUAAACUGAUCAGCUGAUAAAAGCAAAGUUUGGUCAAAUUAUUUUUUUCAAUCAUUUGUUUUAAACCUUUACAAACAUUUCUUUUUUUCUUUAACGCGUUAGAUUCUGGUUUAUUUUCAUUUUUAUCAGAAAGUUUCACUUUUUUUAACAGACAAACUAAAGCUUAGAUUGUUGUUAGAUUAGAUUUGUUAGCAUUAACUGACAAAACUCAUGCUAACUAGCUUGUCAGUUAGCAUUAACAGGUUCUGUUUUAAUCAGAUUUUUAGUUUUAACGACAGAAAAAUUAUAUUUUUGACUUUUUUUCGGAAUUCGUCUUUAACGAGUCACACGUUAGCUAUAUUUGUUGUUAGCGUGUUGACUGUUAUAAUUAAUUAAACCUUAUGCUAAAUGUAAGCAUAUUGCUACGUAACUAAAAUGGCCUCUUUCUUGUUUUGACUGAAUGUAAACGACAUGUUUCAAAAUUUGACAUAAAAGUGCUUUUAUUUUGACACUAAAUACUUUGAUUUCACUGAAGCGUUUCAAGGUUUUUUAUUGAUAACAAAGCCACAUCUUUAUUCUGUGUCAAACUCAACUUUUCAUCAUGAAUAAAAACUGAAAACUACACUUUGUA